AUGUUGGCAAAAUUGAUGAGAAGCAUCAACACAUGUAAUAAUUUCCUUAGGAGUAAAAAAUAUGAAUUUCAAUUUGUAAAGGAAAGGAAAUAUGAAUCUAUUAUUUUUCGAAAGAGCAUCAGGAAACUGCUCCUUUUUUUUUAUAAGGAAAUACAUCCAGACUUGACACAAGACUUACCAGAAGAAUUAAAAAAGGUAAACGGUGAAUCGUUAAGUGUUUUAAAUUCUUAUAUAGAUAUUCUGAGCUCGUCAUCAAGAAGUGAGAAUAACAUAUUUAUAGAAAAAAAAUUAGUUUUUUUCAAGGUGUUCGAAAACUCAGAACAUCAAAUUAUUAAGGGAAGGUAUAAAAACAUAGUCAUUAAAUUACAAACUCUAUCGAAUAAUUUAUCUUCCCAAGAGAAAGAACAAAUUACAGCAAAGUUGAUUUACGAGAUUAGGAAGUCCCUAGAUAAAAUAAAAAAUGUGAACAUAUUUAAUGAAUGUGAUAAUGAGAGUGCUGAAAAUUUGGGUGAGGACUUACUGAAUUAUGAGAAAAAUGGGAAAAAUGAGAAAAGACAAAAGAGUUAUAUAAAUUCGUUAUGGGAUGAUUUAACAAACCACGUAAAGAACACACAAGCAUUAUUCCAACCAUCCGAAGAACACACCCUAUUAAUGCAAAAAAGAAGAAGCUACUUUUAUUACAUAAGAAAAAAAUUAGAGGAAAAAUACCAAAAGAUAAAUCAUAAGAAAAGAAGGAAAAGAAAAUUACUAAAAGUGAAAGAAACAGCAAAUAAAAUAACACGGGAAAAAUUUCCAGACAUUGAACAUAAAAACUAUGAAAAUGAAAUUCUCGAUUGCAGUUAUAAAAUUAUUCAAAAUGGAUUUGAUCCAAAUUUAAUUUUUUUUCAUAAAGACAUAAAAACGGUAGAGGAAAAAAAAAAGGCUAUAGAAAAUAUAUGUGGAAUGCACUUAAAGGAUGAUGCCGAUAAGUGGUUGCUAGAAAACUGCCUCAAACUUUUAAAAAAUCAUCGAACUCAAAUUCCGUUAGUUAUCUGCAUGGACAAAAAAAUUUCUUUGUCUUCUACCUUUGGAUUUAUUUACAUACCAUUGGAAUUUUGCGUGAACGAUUUAUUUAACUUUCUAGAGAACAAUCUUCAUCUAGCAAGGAGUGUUAGAAGAAAGGUAAUAACAACGAGGAAAAUGGAAUACACCGAGAGAAAUAAAUAA